UGUCUUGAGUGCCUGUCAAUUCUGUUUGUUUCAGGAUCAGAUGCAUUUUCCUCCCAGCAUUAUAUUGGGAGAUUGCAGCCCCUCCCAACCUCUUGCGCUCUUGCUUUUUAAUUUUAUCCGUGUGCCCAAUUUUGGAGCCAGCCCUUCUGAAUCUCUUGGCCAAUCAAGAGACCACACAUUGUUGCCAAAGAGACCCCGGAUGCCAGCGAAAGGAUUUAUAGAUGGUGAUUGGACUACUGACUGGAAAGAAGGGUGGGGGCUGGACAGAGUCAAAGGAAAAGCUGCCAUGGCAACACCAGAGCUUGAGGCCUGAAGAAGGAGAUGAGCUAAAGAGGUAUGGUUUUUCUUAUGGAAAGUAUUCAGUUAUUUCAUGAUGGCAUUUGCACCUCCAAAAAGCAUAGAUGGCCCCAAAAUGCAGACAAAGAUGAGUACCUGGACACCCCUAAACCAUCAGCUUUUGAAUGACCGGGUAUUUGAAGAAAGAAGAGCUCUGCUUGGAAAAUGGUUUGACAAAUGGACAGACUCUCAACGGAGAAGAAUCUUGACAGGCCUGUUAGAACGUUGCUCCCUGGCACAGCAAAAGUUCUGCUGUCGAAAGCUUCAGGAAAAAAUUCCAGCAGAAGCUCUGGAUUUUACUACCAAGCUUCCAAGGGUGUUAUCUUUAUACAUCUUUUCUUUCCUGGACCCCCGAAGCCUUUGUCGUUGUGCACAGGUGAGCUGGCACUGGAAGAACUUAACUGAGCUGGAUCAGCUCUGGAUGCUCAAAUGUUUACGAUUUAACUGGUACAUCAAUUUCUCUCCAACUCCCUUUGAGCAGGGUAUAUGGAAGAAGCACUACAUUCAAAUGGUAAAAGAACUUCAUGUUACCAAGCCUAAGACACCUCCAAAAGACAGGUUUGCGGUUGCUGACAUUCAGCCAGUUACAAGCAGUUCUCCAGAGGAAAAGCAGUUUCCAACAUCCGCUUUCCGGUCCUCUUCCUCUUUGAGAAAGAAGACUCACGGGGAGAAAGAACUCCCACCCUGGCGAUCCUCUGACAAACAUCCAACUGAUAUCAUUCGCUUCAAUUACCUGGACAACUGUGAUCCCAUUGUGCAAAUCUGGCAAGGAAGGAGGAAAAGACAUGAAAUGAACCCAGAUUUCAGCCGACAGUCACAUGAUAAGAAAAAUAAAUUGCAGGAUAGAUCUAAACUAAGGAAAGCACAGUCACUGAUAUCCCUGAGUGCAGAACCCAGCCCUGCUCUACAAGUUCCUGCUCAUCUCGCCUGGUCUCCUCAUGGGUGGGCAGGGCUCCCAGCCACCGAAGCAGCAACGAAAAUCCUCACACAGCAUCUCCAGAGGCACUCUGGGCUUCAGGCAAUACCCAUCCAGGCUCCAGAUCCGGAGUCAGUUUAAACCUGUGAAAGGAUUUCGAUAGAAAUGACAAGGUGCUCUACGCA